UUUUAAUGGGAGGUUGUUGCUCUAGAAGCUCUUUUGAACAGGAAGAUGGAACUAUUAAGUUCCGUCUUAUCCAUGGUAGACGAUAUCAUAAUCUUUCGGAUUUAAUGUAUUUUGUCGCAAAUGACGAUGAAGAAGCCCAUCGUUUAAGUGGAUAUCAUGAAGCAUUAAAAGAUAUUUGGGGAGGACUAUUUAAUUCAGCUGUUGAAGAGAAAUUGAGACAAGGCGCUCGUGUUAUUGAUAUUGGAUGCGGGACUGGAAUUUGGAUUUUGGAUAUGGCACAGCAAUAUCCAAAUUCAAAGUUCGUAGGAAUUGACAUAUCUCCAAUACAGCCAACAGAAGGUCUUCCUCCAAAUGUGAAGUUUAUUCAAUAUAAUGUGUUAGACGGAUUACCAUAUGAGGAUUCAUCUUUCGAUUUAGUUCAUCAACAAUUCAUGGUUCUCGCUUUUACGGAAACACAAUGGGAAGAGAAAGUUAUUCCAGAAUUAAUAAGGUUAACUCGGCCAGAUGGAUGGAUCGAGAUUCUAGAAGUUGGUCUUGCCACUUCUGAUGGAACCAUUACAAUGAGACUUACAAAAGCUGAAAUUCCGCGCAUCCUUGAAAACACAAACGCGUUUUCAGAAAUCAGAAAUCAACAGAAAGUUCUAUAUUUUGGUAAAAAACAUGGCAAAUCUGCGGAAGAGUCUCUAAAAUUUUAUGUCCGUGGUCUCAGUUCUGCUAAAGGUUUCAUAGCGACCUCGAUGAAUAUAAUGCCCGAACAUUAUGAUGCUCUCGUAGAAACCGUAUCCAUUGAGGCGGAAAGAUAUUCUACUUAUUUUAAUCAAUAUCGAAUCUGUGCUCAUAAGAUUUAA